AUGGCCGACAAGCAAGAGCCUGUUUUUACCCCGAAGAGCGGCUAUGAGUCCUUCAUAUAUAUUUACAACAAAACCGCAGUCGAUUUCUCACUUAAUAAAUCCAAGGCUGAGGUCGGUUCUUGGGCCAAAGAAAGUCCCCCAAACCAGAUCAAGGCAGGCACCAUAGGCUUGGCUCAACUGAAUGAUACUGACACAUUGUUAAUAUUUUUUCCAGGCCAUGUCAACGUCUACUUGGCCGGAGCUUCAGCCAGCAAUGCCGUCGAUAUCAUGGAUUCCUCCGUCGAAGAAUUGGCGACAGAAGCCAUCCCUCGAGCCAAGGGUACCGCUCGUAUAGCCUAUGAAAUCGGCUUCCAUGGUCCGGGGGGCCUCAAGAUCCGAGACCCAGUCCAUGAAGACAUGGCCAUUGCCGCCUUCAUCAAAUCCAAGAUGCGAUUUCCGAAGGGAACUGAGUACAAUAAUCUCGACGCUGCUCAGUGGGAGUACAUGCGCGGUCUCCUGUGGAGCGACGACCCGCUUUGCCUGCUGUUUAAAGAUUCUAGAGAGAGCAACAGUGAGCUGGCGCUGGGGGCAGAGUUUCUCGCCGACUUUUUGGCUGGCUCCCCAAGCAGCCUCACACAGAGAAGCCACUUUGGAGACUUGCAGUUUCUCCACGCAAUGGCCCCUCAGGCUAACGAAGAUCCUCAAGAUACCAAGAAAAGCAUGCUUUCUUGGUUAGAGACUAUCUAUAAGCUCUCAAUUGGGGUUCAGGGAGUGACAGAGACCGAUGGUCUUGGAGAUCGGUUUCCAAAUCGCUUCUCCAGCAGCUCUAAUCCAUCUGGAGACGCGAAUUUGAGGCAGAUGUUCCUUGGUAGCACGCCGUCGUACUUCAAGGCAAAUAUCUCCAAGCGGGCGAUUGGUCAUUGUCUUCACAUGGUCCAAGAUUCUUUCGCAGUCGGACACACACUCCGUCGUCUGUCCAAUCCUAGUGACCUAGACGGUAAAGACGGCGAAGGGUAUUUUAGAUUCAAGCCUGGCAAGUUUGCUAGGCUCGGGCCUAUCAUCACUUUCCACACCUACUCUGGCCAAUCCAGCCGCCACGCCCGUUACGAUGAGUCCAAGCAGCUCCGAAGCCCGAGAGACCUCGACUCUUUCAACCACAUCAUCGGCGCCCGAGACGCCAUCGACAAGUCAACCAAGCUGAUCAACUUUUAUGCGCAAAAGACCAAGUGGGAAGAUGGAGUGCGCGAUUUCUUUGCUAAUGAAGUCUUCGAGCUGGACUCUAGUGCCACCUCCAGCAACCCUCAAGUUGAUGAGAGAUUUGGGUCACCAGAUACGAGUAAUCAGUCGACUCUGGAGGCUGAUAGAUUGGCCGAUGAAGAGUAUCAACUUGGUAUGGGGAGGAAAAUGGCAAUGCUGGAGAGUGGCCUGGCAUUUUCUGGGCGUGUUCCCUCCAAGCCACGGUUCAGGUGCCUGAGUCAGCUCUCAUGCCGAUGCACAAGCGCAGUUUUGAUGUUUUUAAAGUUGCUUGUUGGAUUCAUUGUGAUAGCUGGCGCAACAAUCUUGUUCAGGGGGUUCAGGUUGGCUUGA